AUGUCUGUAGUCUUCCUGACGCAUGACGUCACACCUGAGCAUUGGGCUGAAUUCGUCAGAUUCGCGAGCGAACAAGGUCCAGAUGAGGAAGUAAAGUGGGAGGACGCACUUUACCAACCUGUGCAUUCAUUGGCACUUGAUGAUGUCCCUAAAACACCACGCAUCGACACUGUAGUGCCCACACAACUGGGCGAUGCUACAUUGGAGCAACUCAAGAACAUGCAUACCGAGGUUUAUAACGCAACCACCCCAAGCCCUAUAUGUUCUACCACCUUUGUGAUACUAGACCAGCAGUCGACGGAGGAUCACAAGGCCGUUGUCAUAUACAAGGAGAAACAGUGGAGGACGCCUGAGGGCGAGGAGGCGCAGCUGUCUUAUAAUCCACAGGACAACAUUGGUAUUAUUACGAAGUGGGUGUGGAAAAAGUACCGUUUCCCUUUUGAGGAGUCAUUCCGUUUACAGUGUGGACUCGAGGGUUUAAGCGACCCUUUUCUAGCAGAAGAGUACUUUGUCGAGGUAAUCGAGGAAGAAGAUGAGUCAGUGAUCGGGGAAAGUGAGGAAUGGGGGACUGACGAACUGAUGACUGACGAGUCCACAAGUGAGGAGUUUAGUGAUUGA